AGUCAGAAAUGAUACAAAUACUGGGAAUAUUCGUGCGCGCGCACGACUUUUUUUUUAAUCAUUUUUUUAUGUGUGACUGUGACGUUAUUAUUGUAUUUGAAAUGAUAGACAAGCAAACCAUUUGCAUUAUGGUCGAUGGUGCUACGACACCGAUGACACCGGCGAAUAGGAGUAAAAGUGUGAAGAAAGACUACGGUUAACAAUAAAUUUAGAACGAUAGAAUAAAGAAUUAAAACUAAGUUGGUAACAAAUACAGUGGCGAUGGAAAUUUUUUUUCGUCUGCUGGAAUCAAAUUCAAUCAACAUCUUGGUCAGCCAACGGAUCUAUGGAAAUGACGUUUGUUUGACGCUCGUUUGAAUAAAUGUUUACUCCGGAACAUGGUAAUUUCGGCAAUAUACGUGUGCGCAAAUGAAACUAUAGGAAACAAAACACAUGCGCAUGUUCAUGUCACCUCAUGCGAAUGCUUCAUAUGCUAUAUAAUAAUAUAGUAAUAAUAAUACAUAGUCUAUAUGAUACGAAUCAUCCAGUUACCAACUGUUUUGAGAAGAAGGGAAACCACACCGGAUUCAGUAUGGAGCAAUGCUUCUGCAUUAUAAAAAAAAACGUAUACGAUCAAGCAAGAGUGUGUAAUCAUAGCCACAGCUACUACUACGCUAUCGAGUUUGCGAACGUGUUGGUGCUGACGUCGAGCAUAUGCCUUGUAUCCAAGUGCACACAUAGACACGCGCACCGCUAUCAGUGUUGUAGAAUGCAUUCAACUCUCGAUGCGAGACACACAUCUGGCUCGUGUAGAAUAUAAUCGCACACAAACACACAAGCACACAAGCACACAACACUCAGUCGAUGUAAAUUAUUUGGUUCUUUGUGUCGUACGUGCGAUGAAAGAUUUAACGUGAACAUAAACACGCACACACUCGCAAAGGCAAAUGAACGUGUGGCCGUAAGUGAACCGAAGCAUUCACAUUAUAUGACUGUAUCGUUUCAUUGUGGCUUAGUUGCUCAGAGACUAAGAUAGGUGGCUUAGCGUCAUACAACGCACAUUUCAAGCGGUUCGCUUCAGCAAGUCGGAACACAAGCAAUCUCAUUGUCUUUUGACUUCGAUUAAACUCAAUCGCAAACUAUAAGUUAAAAUCAAAGUGUGACAGAUUAAUAAUUCGUGAAUAUAAUACACUUGUGAGGUCACAGAAUCUGCUGGCUAUUCUUAUCUUUUGCUGCACCGAUUUAUCGAAUAUUUUAUUCGCUUUUUUUGUGCCGUCUGCAACGCAACAACAAAUCCAUUGGACAGAGGAAAAAAACACAAACCAUUCAUCAUCAUCAUCAUCAUCAUCACCGUUGAAUGCUUUCGAAUCGUCGAGAAUCAAAACAAAGGAAACACAACCAUUAACCAACAAGUGAAAUCUGAAUUUGCUGUACUCUAAACAACAAACGCAUCGGAUUUUUAAACUAACGGAUAAAAAUCCUAUGUAACAUCAACGUGUAGCUGUACAUCGGAGAUUGAAGAAAAUAUAAAGAGAAGAAGUUUAUUUUUUGUGAACCGGAAUUGAUUGAAAAACAGAUAAAUUGAUACAAUGAUCGAAGAGAUUGUAUUCAAUAAAGUCAAACUUAUAUACAUUAUUAGUGAACCAAAUUAACUUGAUUUUAUCGCCUUUUGCCAUUUAUAUUUUUGUGCAACAAAAGAAAAGAAAGAGCGAAAAUAUCCCCGAUUUUUUCAAACUUUUUUUUUUUGGGCCAACGUUAAAUGAGCAUUUUGUGUGAAAAUACCGAUCGUCUUGUUUUAUUUCCAUCGAUUAAGCAAGCUCGAGUUAGUUCGUUCGUUUAUUCAUCUUUUUGAAGAGUCUAAGAGAAUUUUGUGGUAAAACGAAACCAAGCGAAGAACACCGUUGCGUUUGAGUGCAUCAAUAGCAAACGGCGUUGUUUUGUUUUUUUUUUUCGGAUCGCGGCUGCCAAAGCGAUUAUCCAGAAUCAUCGACUAGAUAGAGGAAAUCUUCAUUGUUGCAAAUUUGCCGUCAAAACUUCUUCCCCCGAAACAUUGAUACGAAGCCUAUCUACAGAGGAAUUUGAUCAACGCAACUGUUUGUGAGGUGCGACGGAAAGAAGAAUCUAAAAAAAAAACCGCAAAACAACAAAAGAACUAUAGCCGACAUUUAGAAACUGAUUUUUUUGGAAUCGAAAUCAAAUCUAUCCAGCAAAACCAGACGAAAAAAAAAAAUAACACACCGUCAACACAACGAAAACCAGAACGGUCAUUUUCAUUUUACAUAUAUAUUUUGGCCGACAUUCUCUAAGCUCCAAAAAUGCUGACGAACAAACUACCUCAGGAGGUCGACACGCUUUUGUCGAAAGGUCAAAUUCCUAUAAUCGAUUUGGCGCAUUGUGGCACUGAACAAGUUCCGAAGAAAUCUGUGGUCAAUCGAGUUGCAAGCCAAUUGCAGAAAGCGCUGCGUGAAAAGGGCAUUGCAUUUUUGGUUAAUCACGGAAUCUCUGAAGAAAAGUUGAAAACUGCUUGGUUGCAUUUGGAUGAUUUCUGUAAAUUGCCCAACGAUACUAAGGAGGAGUAUUUGCGCAAAGCUCCCGAUAAUCAUGGCUACAUUAAACCGAGCCAGGAAAAAUUUGAUGGUUUUACGCCGGAAUUGCGGCAUGCAUUUAAUAUCUGCACAUUGAAUGAUGCCACAUUGCCUGAGCAACCGUUGCCAGGAUUCAAAGAGCAUAUCGCCGAGUUGGCCGACGAUUUUAAGCAUUUAUCUGCUUUAUUGUUGCAAUCGAUUGCUAUUGGUCUUGAGCUGCAAUCAAAUUUUUUCCUCGAUAAUCAUUCCCAUAUGCUUUCGGGUAAUCACGACAAUGAAACCACCUUGCGUUUAUUGUAUUACCCACCCGUUAUCCAAGAGGAUGAUAACAAGUGUGAAAUGACGAAAGGAAGAUGUAAGUACAGCCAACAACGCUGUAAUGGAAAUGGAGGUAUUGAUUUGAUUCCUCCGCGUGAUGUGAAAAACGAGAAAUCAAGAAAGAACUCAGACAGUGAUACCGACGAAGAGACCGAUGACACCGAUGACAAUACCGGAAACAUCAGCGAUCACUCAAAAUCAUCGGGAUCGUCUCGUUCGAGUAGCGAAAAGGAGUUCACCGUCACCAGAUGUGGUGCUCAUUGCGAUUACGGUACAUUCACAUUACUAUCGCAAGAUUCUGAAGGUGGUCUUGAGGUGAAAUUGCCGGGUUCAACGAAAUGGAAACGUGUCGGCCAUUUGCCGGGAGCAAUACUAAUAAACACCGGCGAAAUUCUAUCGAUAUGGAGCCAGAAACGUUAUCCAGCCUUAUUGCAUCGCGUUAUCAUUCCUGAACAAGAAAGCGUUCGUGUGCGUGGCCGACAUUCGUUGGCAUUCUUCUGUCACCCAGAUAACUGUACUUCCAUUCAGCCUCUUGAUAUUCCAACCAUCGAAGCACCAAUUUGUGAUAAAACGAAGAAACUUAAAAGACGUUCAUUUAAGGCUGCUAAAGAUAAAGUUUUUACCGCCUACCAACUGUUACAGGAAAAAUUCAGACAAACCUACGUUUCAUAAGAGAUUGUGGAGAAAAGCAUUUCAUCUUCAUCUUUAACAGCAGCAGCAACGACAACAAUUCGCACUCAUCAUCAACAUGAAUCAUCAUUAUCAACAUGAAUCAACGUUGUUCGAAAAUCUUUAACAAUCUAAAUUUGAUAUCAAUCAAUCUCCUUAUCUCGAAACCGCCAUCUAUCUCUCUAUCUCUCUUUUUGUCAUCUGAACUGCUAAAUAUCCCGCCAUUCACAUUCUUCGCGCGGUAAUCUUAAUAAUUAUAUAUUUGUGUAUUGCGUAUUGUGUUUUUACGUAUCUUAAAAAAAAAAAUACUUAAUGCCAUUUAAUCGUGUCUUCUUUUGUUUCUUCUACUUUGUAUUAUUUCACAACUUGAAUAUCUAAAUUUCUUGAAUCAAGCUAUAAAAAAUCGAUGAUUUCAAAAAGGCAGCAACAACAACUGGCCAAUGCCUACAAUUGUAUACUUGUGAUAACAGCAAGCGAAAAAAAUUAUAAAAAAUAAAUCAAUUGAAAAAAAAAAAAAAUACAAAAUAAA